UAGCUUCAGCGACGAGGUCCGAACAACAUUAAAAUUAUGGGCGAUAGCUUUGAGGCGGUUUGUGCCGGCGAUUCCGAAGAGGAUGUGGUCGCCGUGAGGGCAAUGGUGGAGAAGAUAACGUCGGAAAUAAUGGCACACGGUGAGGAGGAGUACGAUUCGUACGAUCCGGAAAGCCUCCAGAAGGUGGAGUUUAACAUUCAGAUCAACCGGGUCGGCAUGAUCCUGGGCGAAAUGACGCAAACACUUGAGGUGCUGUUCUGUCUGCCAAUCAUCUGCCAAAAUGAAGCCCUGCUGGACGCUUGCUUCGAUGUGGACGACAAGAAUGUGAUCAAAUUCCUGAGCCAGUACAUUGCGUCCAAUACUACGCCCGCGAUGACCAAGGACGAUAUCGAUGUUGAGGAGCUGAAGAUUCCCUCCGGACAGUUGAUAGAGCUGGCGACGCUUCUCUCCAAGAAGGAACUGCACGCAGCGACGGUUGGGCACGUGAAGCAGCUUCCCGGUGUUUAUCGUCGCUUUCUUUCGAACAUACGCGAGUUCAGGAAGUUCACGAUCAACAAGAUGAAGCUGACGGCGCAAAAGGACCUGGCGAAGGAGAAGAUACUACACCGCCUGUGGACGCGGAACGAGCGCAACAAGAAGGAAAUCCGUAAGAUCGAAGACAUACUGGUGAUGAAGAAGGAAAAGUUGGAGGAGUCGGUGCAGGAAAAGUACGCCGUGAUCGAGCGGUACAGGCAGGAGUACGAAGAGUUGGGCGAGAGGAGUCGUGACAAUAUCGUAAAAUUCAUGGAUGAUUCCGAUCGUGAGAUGUACCAUUACUUCGAACGAAGCGAUCAGCGGUACGAGAAUCUGCUUGAGGAAGCGGCCGGCACGCAAAAGACCUACCAGCAACAGUUGCAGGCCGAUCUGACGGUGGAGAAAACGAAUCGGUUGAAGAAACUGAAGCUUACCAAUCAGCUUCAAAUGUGGCUGCACAAGUAUGAUAAGGAUGCGGGCGAAAGGACGCACGAGCUGAAGGAGCUGGUGGCCAAGCUGAACACGCGCCAGCAGGAGUACAACCGUUGGAAGCGCAACAUCUUCGAUCCGCAGGAGAAAAAGUACUUUGAUGCAAUGGAGGAGAAGCGUCAGAUUGAGAUACGCGAGCAGGAGGAACGGAUCGAAGCGUUUAUGAUGAACCGGGCGGCAAAGGUACUGCAGCGUGCGUGGCGUUCGGUCGCGGAAAGGAAGCGCAAGAUGCGUGGCAAAGGUCGUGGCCGGAAGGGCAAAGGAAAGCGGAAGUAAUUUUGAGGAACCUA